AUGGGCACGGUGCUGUCGCUGUCGCCGAGCUACCGGAAGGCCCCGCUGUUCGAGGAGGGGGCGGCCACGGUGGGGCACUACACGGCGGUGCAGAACAGCAAGAACGCGAAGGAGAAGGGCCUGAAGCGGCACUCGCUGAUCUCGGUGCUGCCCUGGAAGCGCAUCGCCGCCGUCUCCGCCAAGAAGAAGAGCUCCAAGAAGGUGCAGCCCAACGGCGGCUACCAGAGCAACGUCACCCACCUCAACAACGAGAACCUGAAGAAGUCGCUCUCCUGCGCCAACCUCGCCACCUUCGCCCCCCCGCCGCCCCCCGCCGCCGCCGCCGCCGCCCUCGCCUCGGCGCAGAAGGCGCCGCCGGCCGCGCCCGCCGCCGCCGCCGCUACCCCGCGCCGGGUCGUGGUGCAGGCGUCCACCAGCGAGCUGCUGCGCUGCCUGGGCGAGUUCCUCUGCCGCCGCUGCUACCGCCUGAAGCACCUCUCGCCCACCGACCCCGUGCUCUGGCUGCGCUCGGUGGACCGCUCGCUGCUGCUGCAGGGCUGGCAGGACCAGGGCUUCAUCACGCCGGCCAACGUGGUCUUCCUCUACAUGCUCUGCCGGGACGUCAUCUCGGCCGAGGUGGCCAGCGACCACGAACUGCAGGCAGUGCUGCUCACCUGCCUGUACCUCUCCUACUCCUACAUGGGCAACGAGAUCUCCUACCCGCUCAAGCCCUUCCUGGUGGAGAGCUGUAAGGAGGCCUUCUGGGACCGCUGCCUCUCCAUCAUCGACCUCAUGAGCCCCAAGAUGCUGCAGGUCAACGCCGACCCGCACUACUUCACCCAGGUCUUCGCCGACCUCAAGAAGGAGAGCGGCGCCGAGGAGAAGGGGCGGCUGCUCAUCGGCCUCGACCGGUGA